GAAUUAGAAUUUGCCAACACUGGAGUGUUUGCUGAAAAUUUAAGGAGGGGGAUUUGGAAAUACAAGUUUUAAACCCAAACUAAAAUAAAAUUAAAUAGAAUAUAAUGAUUUUGCGCUCCUUUAAACGUGUGCGUCCCCGAUGCUUGGCAGAUUUAGCCUGUUUCCUGCUUGUAGCUGUAUUUGUUCCGGUUACCUUUAUCUUUCAAGUCACCGUUGUCCUUCCAGAGCUAAUGGAACUAUUUGGUUUUGGAUAUUAUUUGCUUUUUUUCAUAUUUUUUAUUGGUGUUUUUAUUCUGUUUAAUUUAAUUUCCAAUAUGAUGGCCUGCAUGUUGGUAGACACUUCUAUAAACAUUGAAUUACUGAAACCUCCUCUAGAUCCGGUACAGCGCAUCAGUUGGCACAAAUGUGAUGAUUGUCAGGCUGAAGUGCCGCCCCGUUGUCGCCACUGCGAUAUCUGCCAAAUAUGUGUCCUGAAGCGAGAUCAUCAUUGCCGGUUUACCGGCUGUUGUAUUGGCCAUUACAACUAUCGUUAUUUUUUCUUUUUUCUACUAUACCUGGCCAUAGGCUCCAUGAUAUCCAGCAUAAUGGGCAGCAUCUUUAUUUGUUUGCAUUUGGAUAUCUAUUGGCAUCUCAGCACUCUACUCACUGUCUUUGCUCCAGCAGUUAGUUUGGCUUUGAAUGCCAAUUGGAUGAGUUUCUAUUUGCUCAUCUGUGAGUUAUCCCUGCUGUCGUUUUGCACGACCAGUUUGUUGCUGGUCUAUCACUCCGAUAUAUUCAAACGCGGCACGGUGGUAAAGGAACGAGGCACAAGUCGAUGGAAUUUGGGGCUUCAUGGUAAUUCACAAAUGGUUCUGGGCAAACGGAUGCACAUCACCUGGCUAUCACCUUUUAUACGUAGCGAUUUGCCACAUAAUGGCAUUAAUUGGGAGACCAAAGAGGACUAACACCAAUGGGGAACAUAACCAGAAGUAUUAACCGGGGGCAUUUAUUUAUUGAUAAAAAUACAAUAUACAAAUUUAUUAAACAAGCGAUUAUUUUAACAACAAA